AUGAAAAAGAAGUAUAUGGAGGCGACCUGUGAUCCAGACAAGUUCCAGAAUGAUCUGGAAAUAUACGGAGAGAAGGAUCUCUUGAGGCUCGUGAAGUUCGGAACCGGAGGGAUGAGAGGGCUGAUGAGGAGUGGAUUCAAUGGAAUUAACGAGGUCACAUGCAACCUCAUUGGUACCGAGCUCUGCAGAAGAUUUUCCAGUAUUGUAAUAGGAUGUGAUGGCAGAUACAAUUCGCUGAAUUAUGCCAUGAUACUCAGGGGAAUAUUCAAGCUCAACGGGAAGGAGGCUGUCCUGUAUUCUGAAGUUGCAACGCCAUUUCUUGCUUUUCUUGUAUCCAGGCUUGGAGCUGAUGCCGGGAUAAUGGUCACUGCAUCCCACAACCCUAAGGAAUAUAAUGGCUUCAAGGUGUACACCUCUAAUGGGAGUCAAAUAGGCUCUCCGCUGGACAGGGAGAUAGAGGAGUCCAUGGAGAUGCUCAACCUGACGCGGCUCAGUGGAGAAGAGUGGUACGGAGAAAUAUUUAAACGAAUAAGAGAGGAAAACGAUAUCCUGGGAGGAAAGAUCCCGCCCGCUUCUAGGAAGACAAAUAUGGCCAACUCUGCCGGCAUUGAUUUCUCCAGGAGGGACGAGCUUGUUGACUGCUAUAACAGAUGGAUGUUUAAGGGCUGGAGUGACAGCAUAGUGCAAGCCAUUAAGAGUGCGGGGUCCCCAGUCCCCGUAGUUUUCACAGGGCUUUGCGGUGUUUCUGGGGAGUUUGUAAAAAAGGCCCUUGAGUUUUACAAUCUUGACGGCUCUAUGCAUUUUAUUGACGAGGAAUGCAUCCCAAAUCCCAAUUUCCCCAGGCUUCCAUUUCCAAACCCAGAGGUUCCCGAAACUCUUGCACGGUCCAAGUCAUCGGGCCUUGGAGAUAUUGUGUUUUCUUGCGAUCCAGACGGCGACCGAUUCGGCCUCUCUGAAAAGGUUGGAGGAGAGUGGGUUGACUACAACGGAAAUGAAAUUGCGGCUAUGUUUAUGGAUUUCUUUGUUGAGAACUUUGCGCCAUCGGACCUCGCCUUUAUAAACACCUAUCUGUGCAACGGUCUUAUGGAAAAAGUCUGCUCUAUCCAUGGAAUCGAGUAUCUCAGGACGGAAACGGGAUUCAAGAAUGUCAGCCGGGCUGUAGACUCUGUGGAAGGAAAGAAUGUGUUUGCCUAUGAAGACUCUCUUGGAUUUCUGUUUGGUAACGGCAAGGAGAAGGAUGGAAUCAAAUGCGUGGUUCUUAUGGCAUCCAUGGUCCAGAGGGAGCUUCCGAGUCGAACUCUGAAGAGGAUGGAGAGAUAUGGAUGCUUCAGCUCUGUGAACAUCCACAUAAGAUGUACUGAGCCCGACAGGAUCCUGGAGAAAGUCCUUAGGAAGUUUCCAGCCGCAAAAACAGAAGGAAAAAGAAGCACAGUGGAAUUUGAUGACUACAAGGUGAUACUAAGAGUAAGUGGCACUGAGUCGGUAUUAAAAGUUUAUACGAGCUCUGAGGUGCUAAGCAAAGGAGCCCUCACCACAGCAGCCAAGAACUUCUCUGAUAGAUACAUUAGGAAUGAGAUAUCCAAUGACGAGUGCCUGUCUUGUGAUGCACACAACUAG